CCGCGGCGCCCUAGGCCACUAAAGCCCGGGGCCCGCGGCUGCCCCGCAAUCACUGCAGGGCGACGUCACGAGGUGCGCGUCUGAGGCUGCGCGUGGCGCGGAGUUCCCACGGUCUGGCCGCCGCCGCCGUCCCGCUGCAGAUUUCUGCCAUUGAACUCUGAGGCACAGGAUGAUUUGGGAAGUGGCCGUGUUGCUCAGCAUGGUCUUGGGAAUUGGUGCUGUUCCCAUAGAUGAUCCCGAGGACGGGGGCAAGCACUGGGUGGUGAUUGUUGCAGGUUCCAACGGCUGGUAUAACUACAGGCACCAGGCAGAUGCAUGCCACGCCUACCAGAUUGUUCACCGAAAUGGGAUUCCUGAUGAACAGAUCAUUGUGAUGAUGUACGAUGACAUUGCCAACUCUGAAGACAAUCCCACACCAGGCAUUGUGAUUAACAGACCCAAUGGCUCGGACGUCUACCAGGGUGUCCUCAAGGAUUAUACCGGCGAGGAUGUCACCCCACAAAAUUUCCUCGCCGUGUUGAGAGGUGACGAGGAAGCAGUGAAGGGCAAAGGCUCUGGAAAGGUCUUGAAGAGUGGCCCCCGGGAUCAUGUGUUCAUUUACUUCACUGAUCAUGGAGCUACUGGCAUCCUGGUGUUUCCUAAUGAUGAACUUCAUGUGAAGGACCUGAAUGACACCAUCCAUUACAUGUACAAACACAAGAUGUACCAAAAGAUGGUGUUCUACAUCGAAGCCUGUGAAUCUGGGUCCAUGAUGAGGCACCUGCCCAGCAACAUCAAUGUUUAUGCGACCACAGCAGCCAACCCCAGUGAGUCAUCCUACGCCUGUUACUAUGACGAGAAGAGGUCCACAUUCCUGGGGGACUGGUAUAGCGUCAACUGGAUGGAGGACUCGGACGUGGAGGAUUUGACGAAGGAGACCCUCCACAGGCAGUACCAGCUGGUGAAGUCCCACACCAACACCAGCCACGUCAUGCAGUACGGAAACAAGUCUAUCUCUGCCAUGAAAGUGAUGCAGUUCCAGGGGAUGAAGCACAAGGCCAGCGCCCCUAUCUCCCUGCCUCCUGUCCAGCACCUUGACCUCACCCCGAGCCCUGAGGUGCCCCUCACCAUCAUGAAAAGGAAGCUGAUGAGCACCAAUGAUCUGCAGGAGUCCAGGACUCUCGUGGAGCAGAUCCACAGGCACCUGGAUGCAAGGCACGUCAUUGACACAGCUGUGCGCAAGAUGGUCUCCUUGAUGGCGAGCUCCGACGCGGAGGCCAAGUGGCUGCUGUCCGACAGGGCCGAGCUUAGGGCCUAUGACUGUUUCCAGGCGGCCGUGACCCACUUCCGCACACACUGCUUCAACUGGCACUCCGUCAUGUACGAGUAUGCGCUCAGGCAGCUACACGUGCUCGCCAACCUCUGUGAGAGGCCUUUCCCGAUCGACAGAAUCAAGCUGUCCAUGGACAAGGUGUGCCUCCGCUACUACUGACACGUUGGCCUCUGGAUCGCCUCUGCGCGGACCCACACCCGGGAGGGGCCUUGGGGCUCCUGGGUGCAGGCUCCCUCCCCCACCUCCCUCAGGUCCCAUGUGCCUUGGGGCCUGCCUGCCUCUGAGUGUGCUUCCAGUCUUGAGGUGUAGGGGGGCAUCAGGCUCUCGCUGCCACCACGGUCUCUGUCCCAAGGGGUUGGAGGCCGGGCCUGCGCAUCCUCGGAAUGAUUUUACCCAAGAUGGAUGCACAGCCCCCGAUGAAAAAUGAUCUUUAGAAAAUGCUAGGAUCUUUGAUUGUUUUUAUAUCUUUAUUUAUCAAUAACGGGUAAGGCUUACGAAAAUAAAGAUUCAUGACUGAGCCUGAGUAGUAAUUCCAGGCCCCUGACUUUGCAGCUGGUGCUGCCCUCUCCCCCCCAGUCCUGCGCCCUAGACGCGUCAGCCUCCUGUGCCCUGUGACCAGCUGCCCUUGUGCCCCCAGCGCCUUUCCCUCCAGUGAGAGAUCCCAGGGGAAUCUGGGUGCCACUUCCCCUUGAGCCCCUUCAGCCCCAUCCCGAGUGUCUGCAGAAAGUUCCUCCCUGGCUGGCAGGGCUGCGCUAGGGCGUCUCACAGCUCAGCUGCGUCAGGGUCUGAGCUCACUGGAUGGGGGGGUGGGGGGUGCAUGCGCUUCUGGAGGCAGAGGCUGCCUGGCUGUUCCCUGGGCCCAGCGCCCCCCCUCCACAUGGAUGAACUCAGCAGGGACUUCCCUGAGGACGUGUCUGUGACCUGAGCGCACCCCUGUAGGGGGCGGCCUAGAGCAGCAAACAGGAACGGAUUGCCACCCAGCCAAGUCACCUGUCGCCAAGGACCACGCACCCUCGGUUCCACCUCCAGCUGAUGUCCAGGAUGGGCAGGUCCACGGACACAGAAAGUGGACAAGAGGUGCCAGGCAGUGGGCAGAGUGGGAAGGGGGGGAAGGGGCUGUUGCUGUUGGGGACGUGGGUCUUUUGGGAAGAUUGAGAAUGUCCUAGAACGGGUUGUGGCAAUGCACACACGACUCUGAUUAUACAGAAUGCCUCCGGAUUGUAUGUGUACAUGGGAUUGUGUGGUUCGCUCGUGACAUUUCAGUGAUGCUAUUUCUCAGAAUAAGACACAGAGCCAGGUGCUGUUGAGGUAGGAGCUGGAGAGAGAGCAAGUGGCACCACCUGGACGCCAACACCUGGGUGCCAACAACCACCUGUUAUAUAGCAGCCAUCGAAGCCUUAGGGGCUUGGGGUUACGGACCAGAAGCCAGGACACCGGCCACCGGGGUCAUGUCUGUGGCAGAUUCCAGGUGCUUCUUUUUUUUCUGAUGGGUCCACGGUUGUCCUUUCCCUGUGAUCAGAUGACCUCAGAGGUCCAGAGAUCUGGGGGUGUGCUAGGGCUUCAGCUAACAAGAGGGAGCACACGGUGUCAUCACGAACACUCAGUGACAGGCCCCCAAGGACUGCCUGAGGCCCAAAGGACAACACCAAAAGGAAGAAUUUUUAAAGGGAGUGUUUUAGAAGGACUCACGAUGCAGGCGGUGAAAAGCUCUAUUCAUCCUCUUAGGAAUGGGGUCUUGCGUCUCUUGUUUGUCCUCUCUGUAGAGCAAGGUACUUAUCUAAUAAAUACAGAAGCUUGAAUAUUCGUGGUUCCAAAGGUGAAGAGCAGCCAUGUUUUAUUCCUCAAUAAACAACAAUUUCCUAGUCACA